UUCGCUCUCAAAAUGUUUUGUUCUCCAUCGCACCUCAAACAAAUCGGAGACGAGCGGAGGUCGUGACUGAUCAGAGGACCGUGGGGAUUGUACCAAUCUAGAUUAUCUGCAGUUCGGUAAGCGUUGCGGGGUGAUUCUUGUCGCUGGGAGGAUGACGGAGGCGGUGAUUAGGAAGAAACCGGGGAUGGUGAGCGUGCAGGAGAUGCCCGUGUUGCAAGAUGGUCCGCCGCCGGGUGGAUUCCCGCCGGUGAGGUACGCCCGGAGGAUCCCGACCAAGGGACCCGGCGCCGUUGCCAUCUUCCUCACUGCCUUUGGUGUUUUCGCCUAUGGCAUGUAUCAGAUCGGCCAGGGCAACAAGAUCCGAAGGGUACAAAAGGAGGAGAAAUAUGCAGCUCGCAGAGCGAUUAUACCAGUACUUCAAGCUGAAGAAGAUGAAAGAUUUGUGAAAGAAUGGAAGAAGUACCUGGAAGAGGAGGCUAAAAUUAUGAAAGAUGUUCCAGGAUGGAAGGUUGGAGAGAGUGUUUACAACUCUGGCAGAUGGGUGCCACCUGCUACAGGAGAGAUUCGACCAGAUAUUUGGUGAGAGAAAAUUCUGAGCUCUGUUUGUCUGAAAGAACUUUGAGACCCAAAAAUGUUCUUGAGAUACCAUAUUGGUUGAUCAAGCUAUUCAAGCUAUCCAUGAAUAGCUUCUUGUUGCUGCUUUCCUUAAAAAAUAUGAUCUGUUUCCCGUCCAGGUUUAUAAAAACUGUCUGAAUAAUUUCUGUAAACUGGUUCAGUUAACAUCUUGAGUUCCAGUUUCUGAUUUUUACUUGUUUCUGCUGCAA